GAUAUAAGUAAUAAUUCCUCUUAUCUCCUGAUAUGAUGUUAGAGUGAUAGAUCUCUCACUCGAUAUGGGAGUUUUGAUAGUGCAAGUGAGGAAAAAAGAUGUCAAAAGUUAGGUACAGAAUGUUUGCAGAGAGAAGUUUCCUCGUUUUGUUAGUGUUCAAUCUGAUAUCAUCGAUUUCAAAUUUGGAACUAUCUCAAGGGGAUGCAGCAGUUACUUUUGAGAAGGUGAAGGAAGGAUAUUACACACUCACACUAGAUGAGAAUUUAUCGAAUGUAACAUUAUUCUAUAUAAAAGGAGCAUAUGGAACUGUGACAUUACAAUUACUUAAUGACUGCACGGAUAUAGUUUAUGGUUCAACAUUGAGCAAUACUUCACUUUAUUUGAAUCAAUAUCUGGACUAUGAGAAAGAGGCCUGCCGCGACACCAAGAAUAUUAUCAAGGACCAAUCUGGAAUGUCAGUGACUUUUGAAGUCAAACUCAAUAACUUGGAUGACAACGCACCACAGUUCAAACUAGAUUCUAAUAAUUGUGAAUUCAAGGAAAAUACCUUAUAUUCCAUGGAAAAUUCGACCUGUCAACUAACUAUGAGAGAUUUGGAUGGAAUGAUGGAACAAGCACAGCUUUCACUAAAAGAAGGCGACAAGGAUUUAUUUGCUGUAGAUUUUUACCCAAAACCUAGUACAACAGAUAUAGAAGCAACAAUUGUUAUUUAUCUAGAAGAUGGUGUAGAACUAGAUUAUGAAACGAGACACUCAUAUGUCUUGGUGGUGGAAGCAAAGGAACAAGUGACAUCGGGAGAGGUUCAAAUUGAAAUCGAUGUUAAGGAUCAGCCUGACCAACCCCCAAAAUUCAUCCAAAUGAUAACCACAGAGCAAUUCGAGGAGAAUGUAGAUCAGCCUGACCAACCCCCAAAAUUCACCCAAAUGAUAACCACAGAGCAAUUCGAGGAGAAUGUAAAUCAGACUUUCAAAGUAUCAGCUAUUGAUGGUGAUAUUGGAAUCAAUAGCUCCAUCUCAUAUGACAUAACGAAUAAUGGAUGUGAGAAAUUCAAAUGCAUUAUAACAAUUUCGGAGAUUGGGGAGAUCCAAGUGAAAAACGUCGAUAGGGAGGAGACAGGUGAUACCAUACAAUUAACAAUAGAAGCCGUAGAAGAAGACGAUAACAGUGCAACGCCACUCCAUAUAACAUUUUUUAUUAUCGACCAGGAUGAUGAAUCGCCAGAAAUUACUAUGGAUAAAUCUAUUGUGGAAGUGGUUGAAGGAUACAAAGGCACCAUAACAAAAUUUUCUGUAGAGGAUAUGGAUUUGGGGGAUAAUGGUACCUUUUCUAUAAUUAUGGAUAAUGGAGAAAGUUCUGUAGACUACGCAAAAGCUUUCGAGUUGAUACCAGAUUCGGGUUAUCAGCAUGCAAGUUUUUCUCUGACGGUGAUCGAUUCUAAUUCGCUUGACUAUGAAAAUGAGGACUGGAAAGAAAUCAAAUUCAAUAUCAUAGCCAUAGAAACAGCCAAUGAGUCGCACAUGGAUUCAAAAACAAUCACCAUCAAACUUCUGGAUAUAAAUGAUGAACCACCCAUUUUUGUCAACGAAUCGGAUUCCGUAGAUAUUCCUGAAGAUAUUAAAGCUGGGGAAACUGUUUUUAAUGCCAUUGCUAUUGACAAGGAUGCAGGCGAUAUAGUUUCAUAUGAAAUAGUUGGUAUCUGGGGUCAGAAACUAGAUAUUAGUGAAAAUGGUCUAAUAACCACUAAAAGUGACAACACAUUCGAUUAUGAGCAACAGCAACAAGUAAUGAUAGCUAUAAAAGCUUCAGAUAACGAUACUACCCAUAUCACUACAAAAACUCUUACAAUUAAUGUACUGGAUGUUGAUGAUGAACCACCCGUCAUGAGGAUAACUAUUUCAACAGAUGAUAGUAUGGCGAAAAUACCGGAAAACUCUAAACAAGGAACAGUAGUCGAAGGUGUGUCUAUUGUGGUUUCUGAUCCCGACACAGAACCACUUUUGGUACUAGAAAUUGACUGGAAAGGAACCUAUGUAACUAAAAAUUCCAGAAUUGUUAAACUGGAUGAUGAUAUCUAUCAGUGUUUCGCGGUUCAGAGUACACCAAAGGAUGAUAAACUUGAAGGAACCAUCAUAAUAAACGAUAAGUGCGAACCAGAUUUUGAAAAGUUCGAUGCUAUAGUGCUCUUUCUAGUAGCAACUGAUAAAAAUACAAAAAUAGGGGAUGAUUCCACGAAAGGUUCGGUCCUCAUAAAUAUUGAGGAUCUCAAUGAUAACAUACCGAGCUUUAUAGACUCGUCACUGAAAGAUCUGACAGUCACUGAUGGAACUAAUGCUGUAACGAAAAUUGGAGUUGUAACUGCCCAAGACGAUGAUAUAGGCGAUGAGUUGACUUUCACUAUCCAGCCUGUUGAGGGUGAACCUGAAUGGGUGGAUAUCGAUGAAAAAACAGGAGAACUUACAGUCAAGAAAGGAGUGACUAUCGAUUGUGAUUCACCUAAGAGAGACGAUAUCCAAUAUUACAUUACUGUUCAUGAUUCAGACCCAUCUCAUGAUAACAAAACGAUGGUUUCCAUUCGUAUUGAGGACGUCAAUGAUAACGUUCCAAAAAUCAUAUGGAAUAACAAGAAUAAGAACGAGGUGCACAUAGAAGAACAGUCUGCAAAUGGAACAAUGUUGACAACUUUAUCUUCGAUUGAUUUAGAUAGAGAUGAUCCGUUCAAUAGGGUGAUUUUCAAAUUCGAAUCAACAAAUGAAACUGACGAAGUAUCUAAUAGAUUCUCUGUGAGUGCUACUGGAAAUAUUGUCGUUAAUUUGAGAAAUGGGGCUGCGCUAGACAGGGAUGCUGGACCUGCUCAGUUUAUUCUGCCUAUCGUGGCAUAUGAUAAUCCUAAAGGCAUUUUACAACUCAAGGAUCAUUUGGAUAUAAAAGUCAUCCUGGAUGAUUUGGAUAAUCACAUACCAACAUUGGAAACUAAAUCCCUAGACUGCAUGGAAGAUUCAUCCAAAGGUGCAACUAUUGGUGAUAUCAUAGCAACCGAUCCUGAUGAGGACGGUAAAAAUUCCAACGUUUUCUUUGAAUUAGCAUCUGUUGAACCUUUGGAAGAACAGAAUGCCAAAAAAUUGGAUUCCACAUUCCUGGAAAUUAAUAAAGAUGCUGCCAAAACCGCAACUGUAAAAUUACUCAAACCCUUAAAAGGAUACUGGGGAAAAUACAAUCUGAACAUAUGGACCAAAGACGAAGGUAACCCUGAUGUAAACAACACUAACAUCAUUACAUUUUCUGUGGAAAAAUUCAAUUUCGACCAACCGAUAUUCGACUUUCCGAAAACAGAUGCAGAUAAGAUGAUCACUGUGGAUAUGGAUCUCACUAACCCAAAAGGCGACAUCAUACUAACAGACGCAACCACACUGAAAAAAUUUGAAGUCAAUGACAAACAGGACCAUAAGUGGGAUGUCACUUUCGAAAUAAAGGAAGAAGAUGGAGGAGAGGCAGACUUAUUCAGAAUAAUAAAGUCGCCUGAAUGCAACUGGAAAGGAGCUCUGCAGAUAACGAGAUCACCUGAUGAUACAGAGAUGAGUAUGGUACACAGUGUCACCAUUCACGCAUAUGUCAAGACAGAUAUGAAAGAUGGAGAAGCUCCUGGGUUCGUAGAUACCACCAUCAAAGUGAAGUUCUUCAGUUUUUCCGAGCAACCAAAAUUCGAUAAGCAACAAGGUUCGGUCAAGAUGGAAGAAGGAGAUCGUUCAGUAUUGGCCAAACUACCUCAAAAAGCUCAUUUUGCUAAUAUGGACGACACAGUCCUUCCUUAUUAUUUCAUUUUUCCACCCUCCGAUACCUUCGAGGUAGAUCUGAAUCAAGGAACUAUCGGUUUGCUGAAAGAGCUCGAUUACGAGCAAAUAAUUGAAUACGAUGUGAAAAUAGUUGCCAUGAAUAAAAAAAUUCCACCUGUGACACUUCCUGCUUGGAACGAGAAAAAUUAUUUGAAUCUGACGAUAAAGGUUAUCGAUAUGAACGACCAUUCCCCUGUAUUUAAUCCAUCGGAAUUCACUGGAGCAUUCCUGAGAAACUACCAAAAAGAUACUGUAAUUUUGACAGUUAAUGCGACUGAUGCAGACCCUACGCUGCAAAAUCUCAAGUUCCACCUGACAGAUUUCGAUUGCUCAACUACCCUGAAGGCUCCAGAUAUUCCCUUCAAGAUAGGAGAAACUGAUGGGAAAAUAACCAAUCAGUUCACUGUUACUUCCGACAUGUCUGGCUUUUGUACUUUUUAUGUGGUGGUCGUAGAUGAACCAGACGAAAAGAACACAAUUCAUACAGUGAACACAACUGUGCAGAUAAACGUAAUAACAGACGACGAACUAGUGAAGUUCACUUUUAUAAAUGAGGACUGGUUUGUGAGUCAAGAACUAGAAGAGGUUACAUCUAUAAUCGAGGACAUAUUCAAAGAUUAUGACUACAGAUGCUAUCUGGCCGAUCUUCAUUAUGAUCCAGAUUGGCACAACUCAACAGCCCAUUUCUUCUUUGUGAAUAACAAGGCUGAACCUGUUCCAGCAGUAGAAAUUUUAGGAAAUUUGACCGAUCCUACAAAAUACUCGAAACUUUCUGCAGCCCUGGAGGGAGUGAAGGUCCACUUGUACUAUUUUUCCGAAGAGAAUCAGAACGAAGUAGUUGACGAUUACUUGAAGAUUUGGCUUAUCGUUACUAUUUUCAUCCUUGGUUCCCUGCUAGCACUCAUUACUAUAAUUUUCUUCUUCAGAAAUAGAGCGCUCACGCGGAGAAUAAACAAUCUUUCAACUACAAAAUUCGGAUCGCAAGAAUCGGGACUAAAUAGAGCUGGAGUCACAGCUCCAACAACCAAUAGGAAUGCAAUCGAAGGAUCAAAUCCUGUAUUCAAUUCCGAAAACUACAUCAAAGAAGUUGACGCUGACAGACAGAGUGUUCUGAGUGGAGAUUCCGAUUUACUUGGUGUUGAGAAUAAUCCAGAUUUCGACUUUUAAUAUACCUACUUGUUAACUAGCUGAGGACACCUAUGGUACGAUGGAAUAAAAUAUUCGAAAGAACCUUUGGAACAUGCGUUAAUUAUGUGUUUUACUUUUUCUGUGAUCUUGUACCACCCAACGUACAAUUAUGGAGGAAAUUAUACUGGGAGUGAUAUUUUUACAUAAUCUUGUUAAUCAAUUCAAGAGAGUUAUUUUGACGUGUUAAUUUUGAAAUAUUAUAACAUUUUAAAUAAAUAUUUAAUAUUUUUUA